ACACUUAGUAAAUGUUUGUUGGUGCUAAUGUUGCAGACAAUUGGGGAAAUGCAUGGAGGCAACCAGAGUGGGGUCUCAGGUUUCAUGCUCCUGGGGAUCUCAGAGAGUCCUGAAGACCAGCAGGUCCUGUUUUGGAUGUUCCUGUUCAUGUACCUGGUCACUGUGGUAGGAAAUUGGCUCGUCAUCCUAGCCAUUGGUUCUGAUGUGCACCUGCACACUCCCAUGUACUUAUUCUUGGCCAACCUCUCCUUCACUGACCUCUUCUUUGUCACUAGCACAGUCCCCAAGAUCCUGGUGAACCUUCAGUCCCCGAACAAAGACAUUUCUUACACAGGAUGUCUGACACAACUCCACUUCCUGGUCUUCUUGGUGACCCUUGAUAACUUCAUCCUAGCAACAAUGGCAUAUGACCACUACAUGGUCAUCUGCCAUCCCCUUCACUAUGUCACAGCCAUGAGCCCUAGGCUCUGUAUUUUGCUCCUCUCUUUCUGUUGGGUGAUCUCUUUUCUUUGUUUCUUCCUCACCCUCCUCAUGAGCAGGGUGACCUUCUGUGGAUCUCAAAAGAUCCCCUACAUCUUCUGUGAGAUGUAUGUCUUGCUGAGGCUUGCAUGUUCCAACACCCAAGUCAUUCACACAGGGCAGAUGGUCUUGGGCUGCUUCUUCUUCUUUACCUCCUUAGGGAUCAUAAUUAUGUCCUAUGCCUGGAUUGUCAGAUCCAUCCUCCAAAUACCAUCAGCCUCUAGCAAGUACAAAGCCUUCUCCACAUGUGCCUCCCAUCUAGCUGUGGUCACCCUCUUCUAUGGAACACUUUGUAUGGUAUAUCUAAAGGACUCAGUGGCCACAGUGAUGUAUGCUGUGGUCACCCCCAUGAUGAACCCUUUUAUCUACAGCUUGAGGAACAAGGACAUGCAUGCAGCUCUGCGAAUACUCCUCCUAGUCAAAGCCUACCGGAUGUUGACAUAA